CUAAAUGUGUUCAUUUUAAGUAGUUGUAAGCCUAAGUGUUUAACUAUUUGAGCCUUCUAUGUAGCUGUGUAUGGUCAUUAACAUAUUAACAUUUAACAGUUGGUCAUUAUCUCUGUUUUUGGCAUAAUGUAUAUAAGUGUGUUUUAUUACCUAUAAGUUUCAUUUCAGAAACAGUAAAGAAGUUGUAAAUGUUUCCUCUUUGUAUAUAGAGAGAGCAUUGAGUUUGACCAGGGUAAGAAUCACCACCUGUAUCUCCCCUGCUUAGUGUAUAUUUUGGGGAUGGGAGAAAGAGACAGGAAGAGGAGAACAACAAAGAUAAUUCUAGGGCUUCCCUGGUGGCUCACUGGUUGGGAGUCCGCCUGCCGAUGCAGGGGGCGCGGGUUCGUGCCCCGGUCCGGGAGGAUCCCACUUGCCACGGAGCGGCUGGGCCCGUGGGCCAUGGCCGCUGAGCCUGAGUGUCUGGAGCCUGUGCUCCGCAGCAGGAGAGGCCACAGCGGUGGGAGGCCCGCAUACCACCCCGCCCCCAAAGAAACCAAAAAAAGAUAAUUCUAACUUACCCAUUUGGAGCUUUGCAAAUAGCAUGGUCUAAUGCUUCUGUUUCUCCUCCCCAGUACUGCCUUUUCCAGACUCUGUGCUUCUCUAAGAUAGGAACCCAGAAGAUGAUCGAUCAUUUCUUGCAGCUGUAAAAACCAUGGCUCAGAGAUCAGUGAUGUUCAGGGAUGUUGCCAUUGACUUCUCUCAGGAAGAGUGGGAAUGCCUGGACUCUGCUCAAAGGGAUUUGUAUAGAGAUGUGAUGUUGGAGAACUAUAGUAACUUGGUGUCACUAGACUUGCCUUCAAGGGGUGCAAACAAGGACUUAACUCCAAAAGAGGAUACUUAUGAAACAGAAUUAUCCCAAUGGGAAAUGAGUGCCCGGCUUGAAAACUGUGAUCUUGAGGAGUCCAAUUCCAGAGAUUAUUUGGAAGUCAAAGGCACACUGGAAAAGCAACAAGAAAAUCAGGAGGAAUAUUUCAGUCAAGGGAUGAUCAUAUAUGAAAAAAUGUCUAUUUUCAAUCAGCAUACUUAUUUAUCUCAACUUCCCAGGUGUCAUUCUACUGAGAAACCCUAUAAAUGUAAGGAAUGUGGGAAGGCUUUUAGACGAGCCUCACACCUAACUCAACAUCAGAGUAUUCAUACUGGUGAAAAACCCUAUGAAUGUAAGCAAUGUGGGAAGGCCUUUAGUCGUGAUUCACAACUCAGUCUUCAUCAGAGACUUCAUACUGGUGAGAAACCCUAUGCAUGCAAGGAAUGUGGGAAAGCCUUUACUCAGAGCUCACAACUUAUUUUACAUCAUAGGAUUCAUACUGGUGAAAAACCAUAUAAAUGUGAAGAAUGUGGGAAAGCCUUUAUUCGAAGCUCACAACUCACCCGACAUCAAAAAGUCCAUACUGGGGAGAAACCUUAUGAAUGUAAAGAAUGUGGGAAGGCCUUUACUCAGAACUCACAACUUACUCUGCACCAGAGACUUCAUACUGGUGAGAAACUCUAUGAAUGUAAAGAAUGUAGAAAGGUCUUUACACAGCUCUCACAACUUAUUCUUCAUAAGAGAAUUCAUACCGGUGAAAAACCCUAUGAAUGUAAGGAAUGUGGCAAAGCUUUUAUUUGUGGCUCACAGCUUUCUCAACAUCAGAAAAUUCAUAAUGGGGAAAAGCCAUACGAAUGUCAGGAAUGUGGAAAGGCUUUUAUUCGCGGCUCAUUACUUAUGCAACAUCAGAGGAUUCAUACUGGUGAAAAACCCUAUAAAUGUGAAGAAUGUGGGAAGGCCUUUAUCCGUGGCUCACAGCUUACUCAACACCAGAGAAUUCAUACCAAUGAGAAGCCCUAUGAAUGUAAGGAAUGUGGAAAGACCUUUAGUCAUGGCUCACAACUUACUCAACAUCAGAGAAUUCAUACUGGCGAGAAACCCUAUCAGUGUAAAGAAUGUGGAAAGGCCUUUAAUCGUGGCUCCCUCCUUACUCGACAUCAAAGGAUUCAUACUGGUGAAAAACCCUAUGAGUGUAAAGAAUGUGGAAAGACCUUUAGUCGUGGCUCAGAACUUACUCAACAUGAGAGAAUUCACACUGGUGAGAAACCCUAUGAGUGUAAUGAAUGUGGGAAGUCUUUUAUUCGUGGCUCACAGCUUACUCAACAUCAGAGAAUUCAUACUGGUGAGAAACCCUAUGAAUGUAAAGAAUGUAGAAUGGCCUUUACGCAGAGUUCACAUCUUUCUCAACAUCAGAGACUUCAUACUGGUGAGAAACCCUACAUAUGUAAUGAAUGUGGGAAGGCCUUUGCUCGUGGCUUACUACUUAUACAGCAUCAGAGAAUUCAUACAGGUGAGAAACCAUAUCAGUGUAAGGAAUGUGGGAAGGCCUUUAUUCGUGGUUCACAACUUACUCAACAUCAGCGAAUUCACACUGGAGAAAAACCCUAUGAAUGCAAGGAAUGUGGGAAGGCCUUUAGUCACGGUUCUCAACUUACUCUACAUCAGAGAAUCCAUACUGGUGAGAAACCCUAUGAAUGCAAAGAGUGUAGAAAAGCCUUUACUCAGAGCUCACAUCUUUCUCGACAUCAGAGAGUUCAUACUGGUGAGAAACCAUAUCAGUGUAAGGAAUGUGGGAAGGCCUUUACCCGUGGUUCACAACUAACUCAACAUCAAAGGGUUCAUAUCAGUGAGAAAUCUUUUGAAUAUAAGGAAUGUGAAAUAGACUUCAGUCAUGGCUCACAAGUUUAUAUAUGAAUUAUCUGAUGCUUGUGACUAAUAUAGAGAGCCUUCUCUGGUCAUUAAUUCAUUAUCAUCAAAGAAUUCUUAAAAUGUGAAUAUGCAAACACAUUUGCUUCAUAAAGUUCAGCAUCAGUGAAUUUGUAUGGGGGAAAGAUAAUGAUAAUGUAAUCCAUGUAGAAAAACCUACUAAACUUUAGCAAAUUAUAAUAGAGAAUAAUUCUGUUAAUGUAAAUAUAGGAAGACUUUUAGCCAUAGCAUGUCUUUUUCAACAUUAUCUUGACUCAGUUGAUUUCCUUUGUGACAUUUAACAUGAUAAUUAACCACUGCUUUGGUUUAAUCAAUUAUCAGAUAGACCUAAGACUAAUUCCUUAUAAGAUUCUUGGAAGUAUUAUGUAAGUUAUUACAUAAUAAAGUUCUUAGGACAGUGCCUUCAACAUAGCAUAUCACAGAUAUAAGCUAUCAUUAUGACUCAUGUUAUCUUAGAGAAUUUGCAUGAAAGGAGGACAUUUAUUAGUAUAAUGAAUGUUGAGAAUCUUUCAUUAACAUUUAACCCUGAUUUUUUGAGUGGGGGGCACUGUAUGCUAUAAUGAAUAUGAGAAAGCUUUCAUUCACAUCUCAUCCCAUAUGCUGUAUGAGGAAAUUCAUAGUAUAAAAAAAAAAACCUGUACAUUUAAUCAGUGGAUUGUUGAAGAGGUGUGAAGUGAAUUGUAACAAAGUCCAAAAGCUUAUAUUUUCUACCAUCUCUGACCACAGUUCAAGAAUGUUACUUAGAAA